ACACGUCCAACAAACUAGUAUUUCAGUUCAAAGCAUUACCUGAUUAAAUGUCUCCUCAAUAAUGACUCCAGUCGUACGUAAAUCGGGGUUUAGUUGGGCAGAAGCAAACGGAAUACCGGCGGGGUUGACAUUAUUGUGACUGCUGAGGAGGACAAACAUCACGUGACUCGUUGGUCACGUGAUCGCGGAUGGCUACACUAAACUUGCUAGUUGACUUCCCCCUCCCGGAGAUCAUGCUGGUGGGACUGCGCCAGACAGUGUCCCAGGCGAAACGACGAUAUUGGCAUAAAAUGUUCCAAAACAACAAUAUCGAGAGCUGCCAACGGAGUAAAAAUGCACACCAAGGAAAUGUGAAUGAUUAGCCCAGAGGACAGUGCAGCUCUCACCUGGACACACCUGGAUUUCUUUUAAAGAUGUCAGGAGGGAAACUGCUGAGCAAGGUGCGCUCUGCCUUCAGGAGAGAGCGAGGCGACAUGAGUGACACUGCUCCCUUCGACUUCUCCGACGAGUUAGUGGAGGAUGAAACGCCCAAAUUCAAUAAGCUGAAGGUGGUGGUCUCCGGUGAGAUGUCUGAUUACGCUGCAGGGCCCGCGUCCGGCGGGGUGGCGGUGAGCACCGUGGUGGUGGCGGCCGGACAUCGGCAUGACGAUGAUGACGACUCCCUGUUGGACUCUUCCUCCAGCUUGGGCAGCCCCGGUUUGAACAUGGACUCAUGUGACAGCUGCACUAAGAAGAGGGAGAAUAUCAAACAGAGAAGAGUGAUGAAGAGGCUGGCCAUUGCGGCUGUGCUCUAUUUUCUCUUCAUGGUGGCUGAAAUAAUAGGUGGCUAUGUGUCAAACAGCUUAGCCAUUAUGACUGAUGCUGUGCACAUGCUAGCAGAUGUGGUGGGCAUCCUGUUCUCUCUGCUGGCUUUGUGGCUCUCAACCAAACCGCCCACCAAGCGAUUCACCUUUGGACUGCAUCGCCUUGAGGUGGUAUCAGCAGUCCUCAGUGUGGCACUCAUCUACAUCCUGACGGCCGUAUUGCUCUUUGAGGCGGUCGAGAGAACGGUACACCAAGACUUCAAUAUUGACGGCGACGUUAUGCUCAUCACGGCGGCUGUGGGUGUGGCUGUCAACCUCAUAAUGGGCUUCUUAUUAAACCAAGGUGGUCACCUUCACGCUCACGGCCACGGUCACUCCCAUGGCCAAGCAGUUGUGUCGCGGUCCGCAGGGUCCGGACAGAACCAAAGGCCACACGGUAGCCUGGCUGUCCGAGCCGCCUUCAUCCACGCUUUGGGCGACCUCUUCCAGAGUGUUGGUGUUCUCAUAGCGGCCUAUGUUGUCCGCUUCAAGCCUGAGUACAAGCUGGCAGACCCCAUCUGUACAUAUAUCUUCUCUGUGCUGGUUCUCCUCACCACAGUGCGCAUCUUACGCGACACAACAAUCAUAGUGCUGGAGGGCGUCCCCAGACAUCUAGAUACUGUGCAGAUUAAAGAGGAUCUUCUGAAGCUGGAGGACGUCCAGUCUGUGGAUGAGUUGAAUGUUUGGGCGCUGACUACUGAUAAUACUUCAGCACUUGUUCAUCUUCAACUAUCUCUCCAAAAUCUACCCAAUGGAAUUGAUCAACUUUCCUCUCAACAGAAUUGACAAAAUCUGCGGUUCGGGGGAACCUGCCUGUCUUGUCGGAACAGUUGUUGCUGGACACACAACAGACUCUUGACAGAAAAGGAGGGGGUCGCAUGCCUGGCGAACCUUUCAGUUGAGGAUGUUGACGAUAUCUACCUAUUCAGAAUCAUUUGACAGACAUCUGUUGAUUAGGGUAAACGUUGCUCUGGUGUAUCGACAAAUUGGAAGAUGCUGGCAGCCGUUCAAGGUCAAAGCUGUCACAAAUGAUUGGAGGAUGCAAGCAGAACGCUGGACACUCAAAACUUUUGUGAUUUUGGAUAAAUCGCAAAAUGGAUAACAUUGGAGACGCAGUUUGCCCUGCAGGAUGAAUUUGAGGACACAGAAAUAGACAAUUAGAGUAAAAAGUUUAAAUUUGUUUUGUUCGCUCACACACAAGCAUUCUAAUCUUGAUCGUUUUCCCUGGCUGAGAUGUAGCAAGUUCGUUCUUUCAAGAUUCUCCUUGAGGUGAGUGCAGCAUAGACGCAACAACCUUCUUCCCUGUCAACAACACCCGGAGAGAUGAACUCUGUUCCUGCAGAGGAAUUUCAGGCCUACAGACAUAACACACAUAUGGAUAAUGGAAGCAUAUGCACACAUACCCCCACACACACCCCACGCCUUUGCCACAGCUUAACUCCUUAAGGUGCGAUGGACGCCUGGAGCAGCGCCAAAAGGGCAGCAGCUCUGCCUCCGGAAGUACCUCCCCUGCUCUUACUGUCACAAGUCUCAUGGUUCCUGUGUCAUAACAUAUGUAUGUGUGCUUAUCGUGGCUCUCAAGUUUUUUUCCCCCGCGCCCAGCCUGAACUCGCAUAGAAGCCCAGUCUAGAAGCAUUUUUUUUUUACUCAUCACCCCACGCCCAGCAUUCUCCUUUUCCCCACCUAUUACGGGGCGCCGUAAGUGGCGACCCAUCAGCGUCCAUGUUCUGUCUCGCUGUACAAUGAAUGUAUUCUCUUGAACGGGUUUGGGCUGAAAAUG